UAUUGCAGAGUUGUUUAACUACACAUAAUCCACGAUGAGCUUAUUGUUGGAGCCCAGAUCCUUAGGGUUUUUUAUUCCGUUUCCUGUAACACAAACCAGAUAGUCACAUUGUCUAUCUAAUCAAAUAAAUAUGUAAAAAAUUGGAUGAGUACUUCAUGUAUAAAAUUCAAUCGUCUCAAAUAUAUAGAAGUUGGAACAGCAGUUUUUUCAUUCAUACAAGCUCGAACAAAAAGAUUAAAACUUGUUCAGUUUCUGGAAGCGCGUGUGAGAGAUUCAAUUUUCACAUUCCUUUAAUCAGUAGGAGAAUAAGUAGCAUGGCAACAACAGCCCUGGAGGGCAUAAGGAGCUUUGCACGCAGAGAUCAGCUUCUAAAAAUUCAGAGUGAUGUGCAGAAAAGAUGGGAAGAUGGUGAGGUGUUCAAAGCAGAAGCAGGCUCUGAGCCCCCAGCAGAGGCUGAGAAAUAUUUUGGCAACUUUCCAUAUCCCUAUAUGAAUGGCUCCCUUCAUUUGGGUCAUGCAUUUUCCCUCUCCAAGUUGGAGUUCGCUUCAGCAUAUUAUAGAUUGAGGGGCAGGAAUGUUCUGUUCCCUUUUGCUUUUCACUGCACUGGAAUGCCCAUCAAGGCCUGUGCCGAUAAGCUGGAUCACGAGAUUAAGCAGUUUGGAAAUCCCCCUGUGUUUCCCAUUGAUAAUGAUGAUGAUGUCGAAGACGAACACCAAUUAUCCUCCCAACAACAACGAAAUGGUGGGGCAGGCGAGACAUUGCCUGGUCAAUAUAAGAGCAAACGGUCCAAAGCUUCUGCUAAGAAAGGAGCUGCUAAGUACCAGUGGCAAAUUAUGCAGAGUUUGGGACUGAAGGAUAGCGAGAUAGCCCAAUUUAGAGAUCCUUAUCAUUGGCUCACCCACUUUCCUCCUUUAGCAAAAGAGGAUCUGAAAAUGUUUGGUGCUGGGGUGGAUUGGAGACGCUCCUUUAUCACUACUGACAUGAAUCCAUUCUAUGAUUCUUUUGUGCGUUGGCAAAUGAGGACUCUCAAAGAUAUGGGCAAAAUUGUGAAGGAUAUGCGCUAUACCAUUUAUUCUCCUUUAGAUGGGCAGCCUUGUGCAGAUCAUGACAGGGCUUCAGGGGAAGGCGUACAACCUCAGGAAUAUACUCUUAUCAAAAUGGAAGUUAUUCCGCCUUUCACUGAGAAAUUAAAGAUCUUGGAGGGUAGGAGAGUGUUUCUUGCGGCAGCAACGUUGAGGCCGGAAACCAUGUACGGUCAGACAAAUGCUUGGGUGUUGCCUGAUGGCAAGUAUGGUGCAUUUGAGAUCAAUGAUACGGAUGUUUUUGUUGUCACUGAGAGGGCCGCCCUCAAUCUUGCAUAUCAACAUAUGUCCAAGGUCCCCGAGAAGCCUACUUGCCUGGUUGAGUUAACAGGCCGUGACUUAAUUGGUCUACCUUUGAGGUCCCCUCUUACAGCUAAUGAUGUUGUGUAUGCCCUUCCCAUGUUAACAAUUCUAACAGACAAAGGAACAGGAAUAGUAACCAGUGUACCAAGUGAUUCACCUGAUGACUACAUGGCUCUAUUGGAUUUGAAGUUGAAAGCAGCCCUCAGAGCCAAGUUUGGAGUGAAGGAUGAAUGGGUUUUACCAUUUGAAAUUAUUUCUAUAAUCAACAUACCAGAGUUUGGGGACAAAUCGGCUGAGAAGGUGUGUAUUGAUUUGAAGAUCAAAAGUCAGAAUGACAAAGAUAAACUUGCAGAAGCAAAGAGAUUGACUUAUUUAAAAGGUUUCACUGAUGGAACAAUGCUUGUGGGAGAGUUCAAGGGCUCGAAAGUUCAAGAAGCAAAACCUCAGAUCAGGAAAAAGCUUUUAGAGUCAGAGGAAGCAGUCAUGUACAGUGAGCCUGAGAAAAAGGUUAUCUCUAGGUCAGGUGAUGAAUGUGUGGUGGCCCUUACAGAUCAAUGGUACAUAUUGUAUGGUGAACCUGGGUGGAGAACUAAGGCUGAAGAAUGUUUGGCGAAGAUGGAGCUCUACUCUGAUGAAGCAAGGCAUGGAUUUGAAAAUACACUAAGCUGGCUUAAUCAGUGGGCCUGCUCCAGAUCAUUUGGGCUUGGAACAAGAAUACCUUGGGAUGAACAAUUCCUUGUUGAAUCUUUGUCAGACUCCACACUGUAUAUGGCCUAUUACACUGUCUCUCACCUUUUGCAAAAUGGAGACAUGUAUGGUAAGACUGACUCUGUAAUAAAGGCAGAGCAGAUGACAGAUGAAGUCUGGGAUUAUAUAUUCCGUGAGGGUCCUUUCCCACAAUCAGAGAUUCCUUCAGACCUUCUAAAGUGCAUGAAAAAAGAGUUUGAGUACUGGUACCCCUUUGAUUUGCGGGUCUCUGGUAAGGAUUUGAUUCAGAACCAUCUCACUUUUUGCAUUUAUAAUCACACAGCCAUAUUGCCAGAUGAAAAAUGGCCCCGUUCAUUUAGGUGCAAUGGGCAUCUUAUGCUCAAUUCUGAGAAGAUGUCAAAGUCUACAGGAAAUUUUAGAACUUUGCGUCAGGCAAUAGAAGAUUUUUCUUCAGAUGCCACUCGAUUUUCUUUGGCUGAUGCAGGUGAUGGGAUGGAUGAUGCUAAUUUUGUUUUUGAAACAGCUAAUGCUGCGAUCCUUCGACUAACAAAAGAGAUAACAUGGAUGGAGGAGAUUUUGGCUGCAGAGGCAUCCUUGAGGCAAGGACCUCCAUCUACUUUUGCAGACAGGGUAUUUAAUAAUGAAAUAAACAUUGCAAUCAAGUUGACUGAAAAUAAUUACAGCGCAAUGAUGUUCAGGGAGGCCUUGAAGACAGGUUUCUAUGAUCUCCAGGCAGCUCGGGAUGAGUACAGGUUGUCGUGCGGUUUAGGGGGCAUGAAUAGAGAUUUACUAUGGCGAUUUAUGGAUAUCCAGACACGGCUAAUAACUCCACUUUGUCCUCAUUAUGCAGAGCAUGUUUGGAAAGAAGUUCUAAAGAAGGAUGGAUUUGCAGUCAGAUCAGGGUGGCCAACAGCAGAGUCACCUGAUCUUACCCUUCAGCGUGCUAAUAAGUAUUUACAGGAUACAAUUGUUUCCAUGAGGAAGCUUCUUCAGAAGCAGAUGUCUGCUCCAAAGAAGGCUAAGAAAGGUACAACAAAUUCUGCAAAAGAAUCUGAAGAGUUGAAGCCAUCUGUAGGAUUGCUCUAUGUAGCAGAGGAAUAUAAAGAUUGGAAGGCAACAUGUUUGGGGAUUCUGCAAGAUAAGUAUGAUAGAAACAGUCGCUCUUUUGCACCAGACCAGGAAAUAUUAGCUGCUUUGAAGAAAAGUCCCAUUGGAAAUCGUUCUGAUUUUAAGCAAGUUCUUAAGCAGUGCAUGCCAUUUCUUAAGUUCAAGAAGGAUGAGACUCUGGCUGUUGGGCCUCAAGCAUUAGAUGCAAAGCUACCUUUUGGUGAGAUCCAAGUCCUUCUAGAAAAUGUGGACUUAAUCAAAAGACAGAUAGGCCUUGAAGAGUUGGAAGUGUUGUCUGCAGCAGACGAAAAUGCUAAACUUAGAGCAGGCCCUCAUGUUUCAGUGUUGAAUCAGACACCUCCUUCACCAGGAAAUCCAAUCUCUAUCUUUAUGACUGCUUCAGAUUUUCAGCAAAGUUCAGCAAAUAAAAUUGGCACAUUGUAAAUAAUCUGUUCAUGCUUGUGGCAUGUUUUUAUUUGGUAAUUUUUUUAGGUGCAGCCAACUUUUGGUUUCGAGAGUUAUCUGAUUUGGAUAGAUACUUUUAAGUUGUUGCAAAAUUCUGUUUGGCUUUAACUGUGUUGACAAUAGUCUGGGACUCAUUGCCACUAUGCAGAAUCUGUGCAUUUCACAUAUAUGGAUAUACCUAUGCUGAGUUUGUUUAGUGCUGCAACGACAUGAGUCUUCUCUUCAAAGUAUAUUAUCAACUAUGAAAAAUAUAAUUUUUAAAAUCUUGAUCAGGGUUCUGGUUUAAUUCAA